AUGUCACUUGCACAUACAGCUGCUGAGUACAUGCUUUCAGAUGCCCUGCUGCCAGACCGCAGGGGCCCUCGCCUCAAGGGACUGCGCCUGGAGCUUCCCCUGGACCGGAUGGCCAAGUUUGUGGCAGUGGGCUUCCCCCUGAUGCUGAUGUCCCUCGCCUUUGCCCAGGAGUUCUCCUCUGGGUCUCCCAUCAGCUGCUUCUCUCCUGGGAACUUCAGUGUCCGGCAGGCAGCCUAUGUGGAUAGUUCCUGCUGGGACUCACUGGUUCACCAUGAGCUGGAGGAGUCUGGCCAGUACAAGACAAGAUCCCUCUGGCCUCACAAGGCCCUCCCUUACUCCCUGCUGGCGCUGGCCGUGAUCAUGUACCUCCCGGCUCUGCUGUGGCAGUACGUAGCUGUCCCAGGCCUCAGCUCAGACCUGCUAUUCAUCAUCAGUGAGCUGGACAAGUCCUACAAUCGCUCCAUCCGCCUGGUGCAGCACAUGCUGAAGACCCGGCAGAGGAGCUCUGAUCCUCAUAUCUUCUGGGACGAGCUAGAGAAGGCCCGAAAGGAGCGCUACUUUGAGUUCCCCUUGCUGGAACGGUACCUGGAGUGCAAGCAGCGCUCACACUCCCUCGUGGCCACCCACCUCCUGAGGAACUCCCUCCUGCUCCUCUUCACUGCAGUCGCCUACCUGUACCUGGGCCACUUCCAUCUGGGUAUCUUCUUCCAGGAGGAAUUCAGCUGCUCCAUCAAGUCAGGGCUGCUUGUUGAAGAGGCCCAUGUCCCUGAGUUCAUCAACUGCAGGCUGACCUCUCUGUCCAUCUUCCAGAUUGUGAGUGUCUCCAGUGUAGCCAUCUACACCCUCUUAGUCCCUGUGAUCAUAUAUAACCUCACACGACUUUGUCGGUGGGAUAAAGGACUGCUGUCUAUCUAUGAAAUGCUCCCAGCUUUUGAUCUCCUCAGCAGAAAGAUGCUGGGGUGCCCCAUUAAUGACCUCAAUGUCAUUCUUCUCUUCCUUCGGGCCAACAUCUCUGAGCUCAUCUCUUUCAGCUGGCUGAGUGUCUUGUGUGUGCUUAAGGACACGACCAGUGAGAAGCACAAUAUCGACACGGUGGUAGAUUUCAUGACUCUACUGGCUGGCUUAGAACCUGCAAAGCCAAAACACCUCACCCACCGAGAGAGAGAUGAAAGCCCAUAG